AACUUCUGGAGGACGUCCAAACAAACUACAAGAACAUCCCUGAAGGACCGAAGCGUUUGUCCAUCCUAAUAUUAGCGUAAGUGAUUCACUGCGUUCGACCAUCCUCCUGGCUGCUACUGGCUGCUCGAGGCAUAUCAAUCGCAGCUUGGCAUCGCCGUGCUACCCGGACGAUCUGAUUACUGGGUUGUCCUCUCAGGCUUGCUGUUUUGUUGUUCUCCUUCCAACUCUGGCCAUCUGUCUGGUUUAUCGGUUGUGGACUUAAGGCCUGAAGGCUUUACGUUUCAUCUUCGUCUUCGUUAUGUAAUAACCAAGCAUGCACGUCUGUGGCUAUUUGGCAUCUCGCGAUUCUAAUCACCAUUACACAAUCGUUCCUGCAUAAUCAUGAGAAGUUAUAACAAACCAGGACGUUAUCUGUCCAAAAAUGUUCAGUUUAGGGUCGAGACUCCAACAAUGCCCGAUGGCACUGAUUGGACUUGGGUCACCCCUCUGCUUAAUGCUGCAAACGAGCUUGGGGCUAUAUGGCACGUAACAAACCCUCUGCAGAAAGUCAAUAAUAUCGGCGCGGAGAAAGUUAUUUCACAUAUUGAAAACGAAUUAUGCAAAUGGUUGGAUGCCGAGAGUAUUCACUCUGUAGAUGUUCCAUUAUCUAUGUCUUUGGAUGAUCAUACUGUGCAAGUGCAGGAGCGACCAACACUUGCAGAUGUAGAAUCUGUAUCAGCGAGGUUGAUUUUUGAGUACGUUACUCAAGUUGCAGAAGUGCAUCUGCGUCGCUACUGGAAACGUAAUGGCAAGGAUCCGAAGCAGUCUCACCUCAACUGGGCAGGAGACGAUACAGUAAACACUAGCCCUGGCUCAUUUUUCUGGUCCUUUUUUCAGUUACGCACAUGCGUCGCUGGCUUCAUGCGCCUCAUGCGGUUUCCCGGUCUAUAUGAGGGUAUGGCCGAGUACACUUUCGAGAAGUAUUUAACUAUCGCCAUCGGGCUCAUUUUCGAUUCUCAACCAGUUCUAUCACUUCCAAAUGAUGCUCCGUCGAUGUAUGCUAAUCCACUCCUGGUGACCUGCUGCACUCUCGGCGAUCUAACGAACGAAAUCAAACAAUCCAUAGCACUCGCUUUGCAGCCCACGUUGCGUACUUUUAUCAGACUCAAUGCCGACGGGUCUUCAUCACUUCCAGAGCACUGUUUUGUGUUUGGGAUACACUGGUCAAAAUCCCGAUUAUCCAUUUUAAUUCACUUCCCCAUACCUGUUGAUCAAGCUGGCAAGAAGUGGAAGUUCUGUCAAGUUUUGGCCGCGGAACAUUGGGUUGCUCUGGCCGAACGGACCGUACAGGAACACGCAGCUGUCGGUGCAGCCACUCAAGAUGAUCAGCUUCUGAAUCGUUGGCGGUUGACUAUAGCACUGUUUUUCAUUCGUGCACAUGUUCAACGACUGCAACACUACUUCCAUCAUCUGAAAGUAGAUUUCUCGAGUUCUCACGUACAGAAUUGGAGUACAUCUCACACGGAACGUCUUGCUACAACUGGACUCUCUACAAUAGCUGUCCAGUCAGUCGGCUCCUCAUACUUGCAGGCAAUGCGUCAAGCUUGGAGAGGCGUAAAGCUUGGUAUCCCCAGAGAAUGGGUUCCGACAUUAGGGGAAUAUCUUGUGACCAAAGACAACAAUCCGGCUUAUAGACGCUACGAUAAAGUCAACAAAGCAAUGCGAUUUUUGGCGAAGGUAUAUUUCAAUGCGAUCCGUGAUAAAGUCUCUCUCUUGGACAAACCGAUGAUAGAGAGUACUCAUGCUAUUGAUGCUGAUGAGAGACAAAGCCACGGUAGAGGAGACAUGCCUUUCCAAAAGUACGAAGACUAUGGCCCGGAUUUCAUCCAUCGUCCGAAUGUUCCCCGCUCAGCAUUCGAGUGGGCUGCAAUGCAAAUUGAAUACCUAGGCAGCGAUACCGGCCCUUAUCUGCAUCGCACCUAUGAUCUUCUUAGUAUGGCAGCACUUACCUGGCACGACAUACAAAUUUUCCUUGCAAAUACAUUAGCCGGAUUUUCCUCUUAUGCUGUACGAUGGCAACCUGCAGUUCACUAUCCUUUCGAUGCGACUUUGAACUCGUCCAAGAACAUAGUCUGUGACUUUGUGUUGGCUGAACAAUUCAUACCCCCUGGUAUGCCGGAAACUAUUGCACGUGCACCAUCCGUACCUAUCACUAUAUAUUCCCCGGCCGUCCUCCUCGGUGUUCGUGCUAUGACGGAGAGGGAUACCAGCAGCGCCAGUGCUGUUGCCUCCUCGGAGCUAGACGAACUCAAGCUCCUCAUGAAGCCUCAUCUCCAAAUACUACGGGAUCGCAUGGCCAUUAGUGUGCACGAUGCUAAUGCGAGCUGCAGAACUCUUCUCUGUACCUACCUUAAACCGGGGUACAUUCAUAUUUUUGCAUUUACUCUUCAAGCUGUUAGUUUGGAGACUCAAGUCACCUUCAUAGACACAUUGCCAGUAAUGAAGAUUGCUGAGGGCAUAGAAGAUCUUCAUGACCGGCUGCGGUUGGCAAUCGCAUUGUUUAGCCUCCAGCGACAUGUGAUCCGAUAUUGCACCCAUUGGGCAUCCUUGCCAUGGUCACCUUCCACUCUAGCAGACGAACAUGAAGCGAUUCUCCAGGAAACAGGAAUAUGUACGCCUUCGGCUUCCAGGUUCGCAACGGUCCCACCAUCAAAGCCGGUAGAUCCUGCAAUCAGCCACCAUAGUUUAGACAGUGGGAGAGAUAGCCGAAACACGGCUAUGGCAGGAGAAGAACGAGUUGAAGAAAUUCGAGACGAGAUAGGCGUUUGGCUCUCAAUGCAUGAACCUUACGAACCUAUUGUAGAGGCAGGGUCAUACGAUGUGUGUAGCCACCCUCACUGUGAGACACGGCCAUUGUAAUGAAUAGCAUAAAGGUUCAGAUUGGUAUAAUAGAGAGCUUGUCCCUUUAAAUUGGUCUAUCAAAUUCAUGUAUUCGAUUCGCUUUGUGCAUUCCCGACAUAACGAUAAGAUGAGAGCCCAGUCCUGGAU